AUGAUGACGUCGUCAGAAUCAUCUUCACCAUUAUCGUAUUCACCCACGCCUAGUCCCGAAUUAAUCAAAAUAAAUUCAACUCAUAAAUCGUAUCAUAUUGAAGUUGGACUUGCAAUAUUAUUUCUUUGUUUAACUAUACCAAGUUUAUUAUUUUUAACACUAAUUUAUCAUCGUGAAACAACUUCUAUUUCAUCAACCUCAACAAAAACAACAACAACAGAUUCUUCUUUUUUAAAAUCAUCAUUUCAAAAGAAUUUCUAUCGUAAAUCAUUAUUGAAUUAUUCACAUGCACGUUGUAUGGAUGAUAGUAUUGCUUCGUAUUAUAUACGUUUAGCUAAUAAUAAUAAUAAUUCAUAUUGGUUAAUCUAUUUCGAUGGUGGUUGGUUUUGCUAUUCAAAAGAAUCAUGUAAUCUUCGUCGAUUGUAUUCACCUAAUUUAAUGACAUCGAACAAUUUAAAUGAAAAAAAAUCUUUCAUAGGAAUAUUUUCAUCAUUAAAACAAUAUAAUAUUAUCUAUGUACCCUAUUGUUCAUCUGAUCUAUGGUCAGGUUCAUCAAAUAAAACACAUUCACACGGUUCUGAUAUCUUUCAUGCAAUAUUCGAUGAUUUAAAAAUUGAUAAAAAUUUCCAAAAAGCAAAACAAAUCAUUUUUACAGGUUUUUCAGCCGGUGGUCUGGGUCUUUUAUUAAACUUACCCAAUUUAUUACAACAAUUUCCCACACAUAUUGAUCUUCGAGUUAUUAUUGAUUCUGGUUGGUUUAUUGAUUAUCCUGGUAGCAUUAAUGGUAUAUCAAAAAUAAAUGAAGCAAUGGUCUAUUGGAAUACACAAAUACCUUCGUCAUGUCAAUUGAAACCUCAAUAUAAAUGUUUUCUUGGCAGUGAAGCUAUACGUUUAUUUCCAUCGCGUGUAUCCAUAUUAGUUAUACAAUCAUUAUUUGAUCAAACACAGUUGCAUUUAGAUAAAUUAAAUCCUCAUUCGAAUGAUUUUUCCCUUAAACUUAUUGAAAAUCUUCGUCAAUCAAGUAAUCGAAUAUCAAUAUUUGCGCCAGCAUGUUCUAUACAUGGAUUUUUAUUUCGUUCAUUGUGGCCACAAUUUGAUAUUGAACAAAGAACACUUGCUUCUGUACUUAAUGUAUGGUUAAAAAGAAAAAAAAGGACUCAUGUUCAAUUAAUUGAUCAUCAUUUUGAUUCAAGUUUUUGCCCUCAACGAGAUGAUGAUGAGAUAUAA